AUGUCGAAGGAUGAGACAGAAUCAGCAAUUGAUGCUGCGAGCACAACCUUCCAGAUAUUCCGCAAUACUUCAGCUCGGUACAAGUCACGACUUCUUCGAAGGUGGUACGAUCUCAUGACGGAGAAUGCAGGCGACUUAGCUACUCUUAUCACUCUGGAAAAUGGGAAGGCCUUAUCUGACGCGAAAAUUGAGGUCGAGUAUGCCGCAAGCUUCUUGGAGUGGUUCAGCGACGAGGCACCACGAGUUUAUGGAGAUGUCAUAUCAGCCACUGUUGCGGGAAAUCAGGUGCUUACUAUCAGAGAACCACUAGGAGUGUGCGGCCUGAUCACACCUUGGAACUUCCCUGCCGCGAUGAUCACUAGAAAAGCCGGAGCAGCUCUGGCAGCUGGCUGCUCCGUCGUCGUCAAAUCGCCUGGUGAAACACCAUUGACUAUCAACGCCUUGGUAGAACUCGCUCACCGUGCAGGCAUGCCCCCUGGGUUGAUCAACGUCGUGACCGCGCUUUCCAAUACAAUUGAAGUCGGCCACACAUUGACAUCCUCUCCUCUGAUUCGCAAAAUCUCUUUCACGGGCUCCACUCGCGUCGGGAAGAUUUUGAUGCAACAAUGCGCGGAAACGACUCUCAAGAAGAUUUCUCUUGAACUGGGAGGGAAUGCCCCUUUCAUUGUUUUUGAGGACGCAGACAUUGAUGCUGCGAUCACAGGAACGAUUGCUAGCAAGUUUCGUGCAUCAGGCCAAACGUGUGUCUGCCCUAACAGAAUAUUUGUUCACGACUCUGUGUACGAUAUCUUUGCUGCGAGGCUUGCUGCGAGGGUACGAAGCGAGUUCGUCGUGGGCAACAGCCUCACUACUUCUGGAGUCACUCACGGUCCAUUGAUCCACCAGACUGCGGUGCAAAAGGUCGAAAAUCACGUCAAAGAUGCUCUUUCCAAAGGCGCCAAAGUACUAGCUGGAGGAUCGCGACUGCCACAACUGGGGCCAAACUUCUUCUCGCCAACUGUUCUGUCAAAUAUGGACGAUGGCAUGUUGCUUGCUUCGGAAGAGACGUUUGGACCGGUCGCGGCGCUUUUUCGCUUUAAGACGGAAGAUGAAGUCAUUCAACGGUCGAAUAACACCGAGGUUGGCCUGGCAGGGUAUUUCUUCAGCAAGGAUGUCGAUCGUGUGUGGCGUGUGGUGAAGGCUUUGGAAGUCGGCAUGGUCGGCAUCAACACUGGAGUUAUAAGUGAUGCGGCUGCUCCCUUUGGAGGCGUCAAGUCAAGCGGGUUUGGUCGCGAGGGAAGUAAGUAUGGCAUUGGUGAAUAUUUGUCCAUUAAAAUGAUUGCCUUUGGUGGCAAUGGAGCCGCUUUAAAAGGUCGUUUGUGA